UAAAACCUUUUAAUUCUUUGUAUGCGUAUCUAAUUGGAUCUUCCAAAUGAUACAAGCUAAAAGCUCUGCAAAUCACCAAUAGGUCUGGAAAGUCUUUGGCCCACUCAAAAAUCAUUUCGUAAUUCUGAGGUUAGGUGAUCUGAUCCAAUAUAAGCUGAAGACUAUAAAUAUGAGCAAAGCGACGAAGAAAUGUGUUGGAAAGGAAAGUUUUCUGAGGAUGAAUUACCUUUAUCAGCUCAGUACCUUAUCCCUCAAACAAGGACAACAAACAGCAUCAAAUGCAUAUUCUAAUCUUAUGAUAAAUAUAUCAAAGAAAUCUGUGCAAAGAAUUGAACCUACAAUUAAAAGAACAAUUUGCAAAACAUGUAACCAGCUUUUGGUACCAGGACAAACAUGUAGAGUGAGAAUUAAAAAUAAAACAAUCAAAUAUGUAUGCACAAUUUGCAAUGCCAAAAAAUCCUACAUAGCUCGCAAAGAUUAUGAAUUGUGGUGUGACAAAAAAGGAGCUUUAGUAGAGGUUUUGGACUAUUCUAUGCCAGCUAAAUGUAUUCCAGAGGAAGGAAAAGAAGAAGAGAGAGAAGAGACUAUACCAAAGAUAAUUACAUAAAAUAAAACAAUAGUA